GAAAUAACGACACGGACAGGCGCGUCGUGAUGGACUGUCCGACGCAAGGGCCCACGGACGACGCGCUGUCGCAGGACAGUCUUAGUCUCGACGGACGUGGACCGGCCAUGAGCGAGAUUGCAGACGACGAGAGCGACGACGCUGUGGAAUCGCGAGCAGACGACGACGAGAAAGGCGAGUCGUGGGCCUCGGACCCGCCCGAAUUUGCAGCGGCCUUGGCGAUUUCCGAGUCGCGGGCGCGACUUAGCGUCAUGCUUCCGACCGAGCCAACGAGCACCUUGCGAGCAUAUAUUUCAACAUCGGGGACGGACCCGCAAACCGACCGCUCCGGAGACCACGGCCAGGCACGGCGUGGCACCCGGCUCUCCCGUAUCUUUACGGCGCCAGCAAGCGAAGCAAGAGCGCCAGAGCCCUUUACAGCGUCGACAUUGCAGCUCCUGGACGUCGGUGCAAAGCUGGGACCGUCGUCGUCGCGCGCACUCAUCGGGUCGCCGUCCCGUGAGCAGGUGCAGCCGACGGCUUCCCGCGUAGACACGCGCAUCGCGAUGCCCAAGUUGGUCAAGGAGGACAGUCGUCCAGUGAAUGUGGAUGCUGCUUCCAACGACGAUACUACGCGCCACCCGUUCGUGCUGCUACCCACCGCCCCGGUGCUCGUGGUCUGGAACAGCGUUCAAGUGGGUCUCCUCCUCUAUGUCUGCAUCGUCGCGCCAUACUUUAUCUGCUUUGCGGCGCAACCUCUGGACGGCUACAUCGCCCACUACAACAUCACCGUGGACCAGCUACGUGCCACGCACGCCUGGAUCGACACGACGGACCGCUGCAUCGACGUCUUCUUCGGCGUCGACAUCCUGCUCACGCUGCGACUGGCGUUUGUGGAUCCGAGGUCGGGGGUCGUCGUGCGUGACCCGAGAGAUAUCGCGCGUCGGUAUCUGCGCGGGUGGUUCCUCUUUGACGUUCUCGUGACGCUGCCAUGGGAUCUCUUUCGUAUCGAACCGACGGCUGUCGCGAGCCUCGUUGGCGUGUUCCGGCUGGCCAAGCUCGGCAAAGUGCUGCGGCUCAUCAAGUAUGGUCAAAUUCUCGAAUUCUUUGAAGACCGGAUCUGCUUGAGCCGGAACGCGGUCGUCGCGUUCGAGCUCCUCGCAACGAUUGGGCUCGUAGCGCACUACACCGCGUGCGGCUUUUACCUCGUCGCUCGGCUGAAUGACGACUACCUCAACACGUCGUGGCUCGCGACACUUGGCUUUCUGAACGAACCGCCAUGGAACCUCUACGUGAUUUCGCUCUACUGGUCGCUGACGCUCAUGACCACGGUGGGCUUUGGGGACAUCUACCCUGUCUCCAUCUACGAGCGCAGCUUUGCGAUCCUGGCCAUGGGCGUCUCGGCCGCCGCGUACGCCUACGUCAUCGCGUCCAUGUCGUCGAUCGUGCUGCUCAUGAACAUCAACGAGACGCGCUACUACGAGCGCCUCAACGAGGUCAACGCGUACAUGAAGGCGCGGGACCUCCCCGCCUUGCUCCAAUUGCGCACCCGCAAGUAUUAUCGGUACUUUUUACAGCGCAAGACGGUCUACAACGAAGCUCGCAUUCUUCACGACCUGCCCUCGAACCUCAAGCACGAGGUCGCCGACCACUACGCCAAAGUCACGAUCCGCAACGUCGUCUUCUUCCAUGAUUUACCAAAGGGCUUUACGACCGAGAUCGCAAUGCGGCUCAAGCCAACAUUCUGCCCGCCCAACUCGGUCGUAAUCACGAUGGGCGAAGUGGCCAACGAAAUGUACAUCAUCUCCAAAGGCAUGCUGCACGUGACGCUGCCGCACAAAGAGUCGCAGCGGGACAUUGGCAUUACGUACCUCUACGACGGCAAUCAUUUUGGGGAGAUGGCGCUGCUGCUCACGGACCAGGAGCGAAAACGCACGGCCACGGUGCGCGCCGAGCUCUACAGCGAGCUGCACGGGCUCGAGUAUGAACACCUCGAGGCUGUCCUCGCGCGGUAUCCGAUCGUGCUCGAGAAGCUCAUGCACAUGGCCGUUGCGCGCAUGAUUCUACUGACAAACCUGCAGAAGAGCAAGGUCACGAGCAUGAUCUUGGCCAUGCCCAAGAAAGGCGCGGCCCAAAAGUUCCAGCACAUUGCGUCGCAGUCCAAGCUGCGCAUCACAAAGCAGCUCAUGCGCCGAUUUUCACUCACUAGUAAAGUGUGAAUUCACGAUAUAUAUUUCUC